CAUAGUCUAUGAUUGAGAUCGACUGCUUAUGUGCGAAACGGCGAAUCGUGUUCUUUUUUUUUUUUGUAUAUCGUGAACCAUUGUCUUAAGGGACACUUGCAAAGACGCAAACAAGGUCGGAAGUUAAACUCACCUGUGCGCUCACCUUUGGAACGGCACCAUGCAAAGACUGCAAGCUCUGAAGGAAACUUUCUUUGGCUUGGAUGUGGUCCAGCAGCAGAUUCUGAUUGGAUCUGCUGUAGCAGCAGGGGGGAUCCUGGCAUACAUGGUGCACAGAAGUAGAAGAGUGAAACCUGUUCCUCUUGGUGAGGGAUGGUGGGGAGCAGGAGCAAAGCCGCUGUCAGAAGAUGAGAAAAUCUACCCGUUUACAGUGCAAACCUCAGACAAAGAGAUUGAGGACCUUCAUGAGCGCAUUGACAGAACCCGCUACACUGAUCCUUUGGAAGACAGCCGCUUCCAUUAUGGCUUCAAUUCCACUUAUCUCAAGAAAGUGGUCUCCUACUGGAGGCAUGAGUUUGACUGGAAAAAGCAGGUGGCAGUGCUUAACCAGUAUCCACACUUCAAAACCAGAAUAGAAGGUCUGGACGUGCACUUCAUUCACGUGCGCCCACCGCAUCGUGAGAAUCAGAAGGUCCUUCCUCUGAUGCUGGUUCACGGCUGGCCUGGCUCCUUCUAUGAGUUCUACAAGAUUAUGCCCCUUCUCACACAGAACCACGAUGGUAUUGCUUUCGAGGUCAUAUGCCCAUCCAUCCCUGGCUACGGUUUCUCAGAAGCCCCUCAUAAACAAGGUUUUGACAGUCUCGCUGCUGCCCGAAUCUUCCUGAUACUGAUGGAGCGUUUGGGGUUCUCCCAGUUCUACCUGGAGGGAGGAGACUGGGGCUCGCUCAUCACCACCAACAUGUCACAGAUGAAGCCUUGCUGCGUGAAGGGUCUCCACCUAACCAUGUGCAUGUCAACAAGGGGUUUCAAAGUGAUGUUGUCCCUCAUAAUCGGCCCUUAUCUGCCCUUCCUGGUGGGCUUCAGUCGGGAAGAUGUUCGUCGGUUGUUCCCUUUUUUUCAGAAGAAUGUCUGGAAUAUGCUGAGGGAAACAGGCUACCUGCACAUUCAGGCCACUAAACCAGACACUGCAGGCUGUGGAGUGAAUGACUCUCCUGUAGGCCUGGCAGCCUACAUUCUGGAAAAAUUCUCCGGCUGGACUACCAUGAAGAACUUAGAUCUGGAGGACGGUGGGCUGGAGAGAAAAUUCAGCCUGGAUGACCUCUUGACAAAUGUCAUGAUCUACUGGACCACAGGCUCCAUAAUACCCUCCAUGCGCUUCUACAAAGAGAACCUCCAGCGUAAUAUUGACAACAGAGUGGAUAUGAAGGAAGGGAUAUCUGUGCCCACUGGCGUGGCUGCCUUCCCUGAUGAGCUGAUGCAUUGUCCUAAAGCAUGGGCAGAAAUUAGGUAUCGGAACAUCUGCCGCUACACUUUGAUGCCUCAAGGUGGCCACUUUCCUGCCUUUGAAGAGCCCCAGCUUCUCGCCAACGAAAUUAUCCAUUUUGUCAAAAAAGUGGAGAAGUUCUAAACCUCUGAAUGUGCUCUCAGACCACUGCAAUUAUAGUGUAUAUUUUUUUUUAAUUAUCAUGGAUGAUUCCAAAUAGGACACAUACAGAUUCUCUUUAUUCUGAUUUUUUUCCAGUCUGCACUGUAGUGCAUCUUACCUCCUGAUUUGCCACAUUGUUGAAAUCUCUUGCAGAAUAUAAUAAAUGUAAAUGUAAACAUGUACACACAUGAUAGAGGCAGUCAAUUGUGUCCACAGAAUGGAUUAUAGAAAGCAAUACAUCUUCUAAAACAUUUAAACUGUGCUUUGUAAAAAUAUAUUGCACUAAUAUUGUGUGUGUUGCUCUGUGGUUAAAUGUUCUUGAAAAUUCAUGAUAAACAUUCCAUUUAAAUACAAAACAGUAAUACACAAUGUUCUCAUGCGGAUGUCAUCUCCUGCCAAUGAAGCCUCUUGAGAACACAUUCUCUCUGUAUUUCAGAAAACUAUAUUAAAAAAAAAAAAAAAAAAAGAAAACACACCAUGCUGUUUUUGUCAGUAAACUCAAUACUGUUUGAUUUGACAAACACUGGAACAAAAAAGUCAACCCAUAAUUCAAUAAAAUAUGUACAGCUCAA